AGAAGGGGACAAAACACCACCAUGAAAGUUGUGUUAUCAUAGAAAAUAAUCGAUACUUUACCACAGAUAGAGACGUCUGUAGUCUAGGUUUGGAAAAAAACUCUCCAGUGAACAAUUUUACACAGAUUUUAGGAGGCCAGAGGUCGUAAAGCUCGAAGUAAUUUCAGCACCAACUCGAUAUGCCUCGCAAUGAAUCUGGUUCUUCGCCUAGGAAGAGAGCCGCUGCCACGGACCUGCAUGAGAGACUUAGUAAAGACGAACUUAUUAAACGACUCAAGAAUCUAGCUCAUGAACUGUCUAAUGCAGAUCAGACAGAUCGAGCAGAAAAAUAUGGAACAGUUGCACAGUCUCUUGUCAGCCCAUUCAUUCUCAAACACAGAGAUAAAGAUGUCAAGGCACAUGCUGCAUGUUGCCUUGCUGACAUCCUUAGGAUCCAUGCUCCAGAGGCUCCCUAUGAUGAAGAACAAUUAAAGGCAGUGUUUCUUAUGAUGACAAAUCAGUUAAAAGGCCUUGGAAAUACCAAAUCUAAUCUAUCCAAGAAAUCCUUCUAUCUUUUAGAGAGUUUAGCAUUGGUUAAGUCAUUCAAUAUUUGCCUUGAGCUGGACUUUCAAGAUAUUAUACUGCAGUUAUUCAAAGUACUCUUCCAAGUUGUAAAUGAAAACCAUUCAAACAAAAUUCAGAAUUUUAUGCUGGAUGUGAUGUGUCCUAUUAUACAAGAAGGGGACUCAAUUCCUCAGGAGCUUCUUGACACAGUACUUGUCAACAUCAUUGAACCACAAAAGAGUGAAAACGUUGUGGCAUAUAAACUUACCUGUGAGUUCAUCAAGAGAACUUCAUCUUCUUUAGAGCCAUACUUGCAAAUGCAGACAGUAUUUUAGCAGAAAACAUUUAUGACCUUAUUUUGGAGUUGAACAGAAUUUGUCCUAGUGUUCUGCUCUCAGUGGUUCCCCAGCUGGAGUUUAAAUUGAAGAGUGAGGAUGUGGAAGAGAGAUUGUCAGUGACUGAAUUACUUGGCCAGAUGUUUUCUGAGCAGGACUCUGAACUAGCAACUCAAAAUAAAGCUUUGUGGAACUCCUACUUGGGAAGAUUUGUGGAUAUUAGUGUGGAUGUGCGUGUGGAAUGUAUAAAAAGAUGCAAGGAAUUUUUGAAAAAUCACCCAGACUUGGUCACAGAUAUAGGUGAUAAACUUCAUGAAAGACAACGUGACCCUGACGAGAGGGUUCGACAAGAAGUGGUCAUUACCAUCUGUGAUGCAGCUGCAGAAAAUAUCAGUGGUGUCUCUGAUCAGCUUCUCAAUGAUGUAUGUGAGAGAACAAGAGAUAAGAAGACAUAGCAGAUCUGAUUGAGUUAUCAACAGGAGAGAAGUCACAGGAUAAUGAGACACUGGUGUUCUCAAAGAUUAUUUCCCUUGCAAGAGCUUUCCCAGAUGCUUUUAAGUUUCAAGAAAAUCUAAAAAAACUGCGUGGAAUGAUUAAAGAACCUUCCUUGAGAGAACUACUGAAGACAUGUGUUAACCCGAAUGUGGGGUGUUCAAACGUUUUCAAGGCAGUGAGUGACGUUGUCGUUAGGCUUGGGUCUAAGCAUCCUGUGUUAGAGACACUCAAAGCACUCCUUGAUCGUGCCGCUCCUCUUCUUGUGGAUGAAAAUUGCAUCAAAGCGCUGUUCAAGUUGGUGAAAGAUGCCAUUGAAGGGCUUGCUGAUGAUGAGGAUGAUGAGUAUGAGUGGCACGAAAGCUCUGGAAUAAAACCUGUCGGGAAAAAGGGACUGGCACUGUUAUUGGGUCUGGCUGGUGUAUUUCCUUCCCAGUUUCAAAGUGACGACACUUUUCAACAGCUGCUGGUUUUCCUGAAAAACAAAGAUCAAGAAAUAGUCGAUCAUUCACUAAAGAUGCUGGCCUUGACCGGAGAUGGAAUUGAAAAAGUCAACAAGUCAUUGGCCAAUUAUUAUCAUCCAGUCUUGUCCAAAUUAGCAUUAAAGGGAACACCUUGCCAAGCCAAGCACUCGCUGAGAUCCAUUGCAAAGAUUUCUGCUGCUUCUUCACAGCCGUUUGAUCGUGUCUUUACAAAUCUUGUCAGUUCCUUGAGCUACGAUUGUCCUCUGUUACUGACCACACUGACAGCUCUUGGUGAGAUCGCACUUUUAGCGCCAUCUCUGUUCGAGACACAAAGGCCAGCCAUUGUUAGAGAUUUUGUCGUUAAGGAACUCUUGAUGAAAGACAGGGGGGAGACGGCAGAUUCGAAUGAAAGUGAAGGGGAGUGGUGUGAAGACAGGGAUGUUACUCAAGAAACGCAAACGAAGAUCAAAGGUAUACGUCUGCUGGUGAAGUGGCUGCGAGGCCGGCAGGGAAACCACAAGUCGUCCGUUCAGCCUGUGCUUAGAUUGUUGGACAGUAUGCUCACCCAUAAAGGAGACUUACAACAGCAGGGAUGUGUGAAAGCUGCUGAUUGUUCAAGACUUCGACUGGCAGCGGCCUGUGGUAUGAUCAAGAUUGCACAGGAACCCCAUUACAUUGAAUACAUAACCUUGGAAAAUUUUCAGCGGCUCUCGUUGGUAAUGCAGGACCCUUGUUAUGAGGUGCGUGACAAGUUUACCAAGAAGCUUCACAAGGCUGAAGAUGUACUAAAACUUCCUCUGGAAUAUCUGGGGAUAUUUGCGCUGGCAGCACCUGAACCUGUUAAGGAAAGGAAAACACAGGUUAGACAAAUGAUUACUAAGAACGUCAAGACACGACGAGAUUACUUGAAACAGCAUUCAGCGGCACAAGAAUGUUCUCAUUCUAUUCUCCCGGAGUAUGCUCUGCCAUGUGUUAUCCAUAUGCUGGCCCAUCACCCAGACUUCAAACAAGAUGAUCACGAGACACUAGUGCAAUUCAAAGAUUAUCUUUGGUUCUUCAUGGAGCCGAUUAUGGCCAAAGCUGAUAACUACAGCUUCCUGAAGAAGCUGGUUGAAAACGUCAAAGAAACCAAAGACGCGCAAGCACCAGACGAUGAAGAAGUAAACAAGAAUCUUUACACAGUUUGUGAUCUUGCUCUGGGACUGAUCCUAAACAAGGUCCACACUUUUGUUCUAAAAGAAUUUCCCGGAAAUCUUGUAUUGCCAAAAAGGUUCUUUGUACCUUCCGAGGGAGGUGGUCCUAACACUAAAAAUUACUUACCGAAAGGAUUCCAAUUCACAACUGCAAAGGGACAAAAGAAGGGAAGCGCAGUUGAGUCGAAGUUGACGCCAUCAAAGUCAUCAUCUAAAACCUCCGCCAAGAGUGACAAGAAAACACCAGUGAAAUCUCAAAGCAAGAAAAGAGGAAGACCAGCUAAUUCUUCAGAGAAAUCCGCUCCAAAGAAAUCAAGGAAAACUUCCCCAGACAAGGAUACCAAGCGAGAAAAGAAGACUUCGGCAAAACAAUUGAACAUGUCAGAUAAACGUAAAAAUUCUCGACAAAAAAAUGCUUCUCCACCGGAAAGUCCACGCUCAACAGAAAAGUCAUCUUCGACAACCAAAUCAUCACCAAGUCCCCGAAGAGGACGAGCCGCAAAGAGACUAGUGUCUGAAUUAGAUGCUUUACCCGAAGAUGAGCCAACGCAGGACAGCGGUACCUCCAGUUUGGAGUCGCCGAAGAAGCCACUUAGUACAAGACAAAUAUCACAGCAGAGUUCCAGGACGAAAUCACGAAAUGAAGUAAACGGGGUGACAGAUAAGAGUCCAUCUAAAGUCAAAAGAAAGAAGGACACCGAGGAAUCAAAUUCCAGUCCAGUUAAAAAGAGAAAAGAAUCAGCGUCUCCGCCAACCAAGCGAAAAGAGCCCACUUUAGUUGUGAAAAGAAAGAUCAGCAAGAGAAGAUAAAAUUAAAUAACCAAUCGUAAACUAUUUCGUUGUACAUAGACAUCAAUUCGAGGAUCUUCCGAGUUCAGUUCAUCUUCACUUCCAUUGUACAGCCAUCGAUGUUUCACCACAAGGCUCUUCAGGGCAGAGCAUAACGCAACUUUUGUUACCGAACAAGCAGAGUAUGAGUACUCAAAUUUUGUUGAAGUUAUUGAAACUAAGUGUCCGUUAGGAGACCUGAUUAUAAACCUGGGAUGAACUGAGCUAGGUGAUAACCUCAAUCAGUGACAUGUCCAUGCAGAACGCCUGAUCUUCGGCUCAUUGAAGUGUUCUGGCUAUGCUUUGUUUUCCUUGCGACGAAUUCGUUCAGCGCUUUCAUUGGUCCAUUUGAUUCGGAAAUUUUCGGCACUUGGCCAGAUGGUUACUUUGUGACAUGCUGGUUUGGACAGUGAGUAUGACCUGGAAAACGAGAAAACAUGCGGCGAAGAACUUGGAGCCAAACAUCGGGAUUUGUCGAUACUCCUUCGGCAUGACGCGCCAUUGGUCGAAGAAAGUCCAUCGGCCAAUUCUUAGCAGUGAAAGGAGCGUUUCGUUGAAGCGGCUGAGGAAGGGAGCAUGAAAUGAAUGGAAAGAGAGAUUUUCUCAGUUCUUUUUGACAGUUUUAUCACGAACAUUGUUCGGCAUUUAUCUUUCAUCCGGUAGUUAAUUAUAUCCAUUCGCUACACAUCAGCGUUCUGAAUACUAUUUGACAGUACGCAGUUGUAUUUCAUGGCAAGCUACCACUACACAUUAUUAUGUUGCCAUAGGAAUAGGUUGGCUUUUGUGCUGACACCUAAGCAACCGUCUUCAAAAGAGUUAGGAAUAGUGAAGAUUAUUAGUAAAUACCUUAUUUCGGCUUGGAAACCUACUCGUGAAUUUAUAUUUUGCCCGUUCAAAAGAUUUAAUCUCUGAACGUCAGGAGGAAAUCUGUAAAGUAUAGAUCACAUAUCCAUAUUUAGGUCAAUCAGAUUGAAGAUUAUGAGGCUUUACUUCGAGAGCAUUUCUAAUGAGACUCGAAUUAUCUCAGAGGUUGUCCUAGCCCCAUAAACUAGAAAGAGGUUACUCGGACGUAUGUUUUAGAAGUGCAUUUGUACUGUUCCAACACCUAUGACUUAGCACAGUGUGAAAUAGCCUUACUUAGAAUUUGCGUAAUUUUCGCCUUGGCUUAAACCUUGAAAACCUGAUUUUAUCCUUUGAUUAACUCGAGAUUUUACCGAUAUUUAUGCAGUGUACCUUUCAGUGAAUUGUAAGAUGUGUAACUUUAUGCCUAAUUAAAGGAAUUUUAAAAGUGUCA